AUGGCACCCCCUCCGGCCCCCUUCCACAUUCUCCGAGCACACCAAGCACCAGUCUCGUGUGUUUCCUUUACUCGAGGCAAUGCCUUGUUGCUCGCAGGCGACCAGGAAGGCUAUGUGUCCGUCUCGGACCUCGGCACGCGCCGAGUCGUGGCUUACUGGAAGGCGCACGAGGGCGGCGUCCUAAACGUAGAAGAGCUGGAUGGGCAAAUCUUAUCAGCACUGAUGGCACUGCCGAACUUGGUCGACUCGGAGCUGAUCGAUAUCUAUGCGAUGCCGAGCGGAAAACGCCUCCACUCCAAGAUCAACUAUGAGGCUGCUGCGGGCAAGACCGAAACAGGCAAUACGAGGUCCGGCCUCGUCAUGGCCGUUGCGCUACGGGUGAUUGGGGAUCGACUUGCUCUAGUGUCGGGAUACGAGGACGGGCGACUGGAAGUGUGGGCGUGUGAUGUCACCUCGCUCGACAAGCUGUGGGACGGAAAGGCGUCGGCAGACUCGGCGCGGCCAUGGCAACGGCUGUGGACGGGCAAGGCUCACAACGAGGCUCCCGUGGACCCAGCGUUCACGCGCGCCUUCACCGUGUCAGCUGACCACCUCCUCUGCCGCGUCGACCUCGGCACGAUUCUUUCUGGCGAGCCUGCGACAGUAAAGGUGGAGAGCUACAGCACGAAGCAGAUCGGGAAUUCGUCAGUCGCAGUCUCGCACGACGGAAAAGUCGUUGCCGUCGGAGGAUGGGAUGGGCGGAUACGGCUCUUUUCUGCCGCAACCUUCAAGCCGCUGGGCAGCCUCAGCUUUCAUCGCGAGAGCGUGCAGGCGCUCGCCUUUGCAAGGGCAGACGCAAAGCUUCUGACGCAAGACGAUACAAUCGAGCUGGGCGAGUCCGACUCGGACGAUGAUGACGACGACGGAGUGCCCCGAGACCAAUGGCUUGCGAGCGGGGGCAAGGACCGGCGCAUUGCGCUGUGGGGCCUGAAAAAGUUUUGA